AUGCUUGGUCCCUACUUCGCCUUUGCCUGUUGUAGGGGAGACCAACGGCCUUGGGACAAUUGGGUACCCGAGAGCAGUUAUCGCCAACGCCAAAGGAAAGAAGGAGGUACAAGGAAGAAGGUCCCCGGCGCCCCUUCUCUCCCCAUAUAUAGGGAAUACAAAUCAAUUGAUCCCCGCUAUUGCAACCACCAAAGGUCAAAAGAGCAAAAAUCCGCCCGGUCAAGCCUUCACCCGGGUUACAAUGAUCCUUCUGGAGCGACAUUCUUGGAUGACGACUUGGGCAGGUAUUACGAGCAAUUCUUGAGAGGUCGACUGGUUUGGGUAUAUGUUGUCGGAAUAGAACAUCACGAACUGGUCGAAAAACACCAGGAUGAUAUAUCUAGUUCCAAACGGUUGAAUGUGGGAGGGGACCAACCGCAAAAUGAGCAUGGUGGUGAUUGA